CCUCUUCUCUCCUUUCGAACGACUAGCAAAAUGUCCAAGCAGCGAGAAAACUUCCUGGUCAUUGGCGGCAGUGGCUUCGUGGGCCGUCACAUCGUCGACAGGAUUCUCGCGCGUGGGGACGCUGCUGCUGUUUUCGACAUCGUCCAGCGGCACCACGACGUCCCGUUCUAUUCGGGUGACAUAUGCGACGAGGGGCAGCUCAUUGAUGCUAUCAAAAAGUCGGGCGCGACGUGUAUCAUCCACACCGCCUCCCCCCCACACGGUGCCAAAGACCCGUCGAUCUACUACAAGGUCAACGUGGACGGCACCAAGGCCGUCAUCGCUGCGGCCAUCGCGUGUGGCAUCCGCAAGCUCGUGUACACCUCCUCUGCGGGCGUCAUUUUUGAUGGCAACGACGUCGUCAACGUCGACGAACGCGUGCCCUACCCCGAGAAACCGUUCGACGACUACAACGACUCCAAGGCCAAGGGCGAGACCGUCGUUCUCGAGGCAAACGGGAAAGGGGGGCUGUUGACGGUUGCGUUGAGGCCUGCUGGGAUCUUUGGCCCGGGAGACAGACAACUCCUCGUCGGCCUCUACCAGGCCUACCAGCGCGGCCAGACGCACUUCCAAGUCGGCGACAACAACAACCUCUUCGACUACACCUACGUCGAGAACCUCGCCACCGCGCACCUCAUCGCCGCUGACAGGCUUGACUCAGAAGUAGCAGCCGACAACGCCGAGCCCUCCGAAUCUGCAGUAACAGCAGCAACAGAAGACUGGGCCUCCGAAACAGCGACCCUCUCCGAAAAAGAAGCGCUCGACCUCUCGAUCGCCCUCCCGCCCGUAAGCGCAACCGUCGGAAACCGCCGCGUGCCCACGUGCGUCGCGCGCCCCCUCGGCCCGUACGUCGUCCCGCCGCCCAACGCCGCCGCGCUCGAAGCAGCCUACGCGUCGCCCAUCGCCUCCACGAACGUGCGCCCGGCCCUCCGCGGGCGCUUCGACCAGUUCUCCGAGAACGCGAUGGCGGUGUGCAAGACGCACCCGCUGCGCGUCGCGGGGCAGACGUUCUUCAUCACGAACGGCGAGCCCGUGUAUUUCUGGGACUUUAUGCGCCUCAUCUGGCUCGCGCUCGAUCCGCCGCACGAUCCGAGCAAGCGCGCCGAGCAGCGGAUAUGGGUGAUUCCGCGGGCGUUUGGGAUGGCGCUUGGGUUUUUGGCGGAGACGUGGGCGGGGCUGAUGGGCAAGGAGGCGGGGUUCACGCGGUACAGGGUGGGAUAUAGCUGUGCGACGCGGUAUCAUAAUAUCGAGCGGGCGCGGCGGGUGCUUGGGUACGAGCCCGAGAUUGGGAUUGAGGAGGGGGUGAGGAAGACGGUUGAGUGGUUCAAGAAGGAGAACAACCUCCCAUAGAGUACAUCAAUCCCAUACACCGGGCUUGAGCCUGAGCAUGAGAGCGCACACGAUAUACCCUACGCUAUACAUAGCCCCAGACCGACGUCAGCCUUACUUACACUUUACAUGGUUUAUUCGCGGACCCGUCAUGUGUUGUUAUACGAUGCUAUACUUAAUAUACCUCGCCGCCGCUGCACAUAGGGCGUGAAUCUCGC